AUGGAUCAUUAUGAAGACGACGCUGCUGCUGGUGAUGAGCAUGAGAAAGACCAGAAUGAGGACCAAGACCAUGCCGAUGAGAAGGCAAUCAACGAAGAGUACAAGACAUGGAAGAAAAAUGCGCCAUUCCUCUAUGAUAUGAUUUUGAGUACGGCAUUAGAAUGGCCAACUCUCACAACUCAGUGGCUUCCAGAUAAGCAAGAGGUACCGGAUAAGCCUUACUCAACCCACCGUCUCCUCAUCGGCACACACACCACUGGAGAUGCGCAAAAUUAUCUUCAGAUUGCGCAAGUGCAACUUCCAAAUCCCAAUGCUCCCAACCCAGAGGACUACGACGAAGACAAGGGAGAGAUUGGCGGCUAUGGCGGGGGCUCAAAGAAGACCCAGAUGGAAAUCAAAUUCAACAUUGUUCAAAAGAUUGAUCACAAGGGCGAGGUCAACAAGGCUCGGUAUCAACCGCAGAACCCCAAUAUCAUUGCGACAAUGUGCACAGAUGGUCGAGUAAUGAUCUGGGAUCGCUCAAAGCAUCCUAGCUUGCCAACCGGCACGGUCAAUCCUCAAAUGGAACUCCUGGGCCACGAAGCCGAAGGGUUCGGACUUAGCUGGAACCCCCAUGUUGCUGGUCACCUUGCAACGGGAAGUGAGGAUAAGACUGUUCGACUCUGGGACAUUACCACAUACACUAAGGGCAACAAGGCAGUUCGACCGAGCCGCACCUUCACCCACCACUCCUCCAUCGUCAAUGACGUUCAGCAUCAUCCCCUCCACUCCUCCCUCAUCGGAACCGUUUCUGAUGACAUCACGCUUCAAAUUCUUGAUACCCGACAGGAUGACUCCACUCGUGCGGCUGCUUCCGCUGAGGGCCAACAUCGCGAUGCUAUUAACUCCAUUUCCUUCAACCCCGCAUCCGAGACUAUUCUGGCUACUGGUUCUGCUGAUAAAACAAUUGGUAUCUGGGAUCUACGUAAUCUCAAGUCGAAGCUCCACUCCCUCGAGGGCCACACCGAUUCAGUGCAAUCUAUCUCAUGGCAUCCAUUUGAGGAGUCAGUCUUGGCAAGUUCCAGCUACGAUCGCAAGAUUAUGUUCUGGGAUCUCAGCCGAGCCGGAGAGGAACAAACUCCUGAGGAUGCUCAGGAUGGACCACCAGAGUUAUUGUUUAUGCACGGUGGACAUACCAACCGUAUCUCGGACUUCAGCUGGAAUCUCAGCGACCCUUGGGUUUUGUGCUCGGCUGCUGAGGACAACCUGCUCCAGGUAUGGAAGGUGGCAGAUGCAAUUGUGGGCAAGGACUUGGAGGAUGUCGCUACAGACGACAUCGAGGCAUAA